CUUCCAAGCUCCUUGCAUCCCAGCUGAUCGCCGUUGACCUCGGAGGCCUCUUCGUGAUUCACUGGAAAGGGAUUUGGACGAGCCGCUAUGAAGAGGCAAGGGCAAGCAUUCCCAGAACUGGAGUCAGGAAGGGACAGCCUUGAACCUGGAGCAGAGGAUCCUCCGGCAGACACCUGGCCCUGGUCCAAUGAUGAGGAGGACCCUCCCUUCAAAGGGCUGCCCCCUUUACCCAAACUGUUUAGGAAGUGCAGCCUGUCUGCAUCGUGUCUGCCUGGGAAGGAACAGCAGGAAGACGACGGAGCAUUUGACGAGAGCCGCUCCAGCCUCCAAGACAAGAUGACCUGGCUGCACGGAGAACUGCUGAGAUUGCGCCUGGAGGACCUGGAGCUUUUCAACCAGCUCUACACUCUCGCCCUGGAGAUCCAAGACCUGAAGGAGCUGCACCAGGAGAUGGAGGCCUUCUCCAAGGAAGAGCAGCCCCCAACGGAGCAGGGCCAGCGGGCGGAAGAGGGCGCCCGCUCUGCAGCAGCCUUCGAACUGACCAUCUGAACUGACCAACUCGUGCUGCUCCUUGACCUGUGACCACUCAUUCACACAUGCAAGCCAGGGCCCGACACCCCAGCUGCGGCGUGCUCAAAACACGGCUACGAACCUGCCCUUGCUUCCAAGAACAAUCUGGAUUUGAAAUGUAAGGAGGGAUUGUCAAAUUCUUGCACUCCACAAUCAACCCCUGCGCAAUCCAGAGGCAAUGGGGCAGCCCUUAGAUUUUUUCCAGGGAGAAACAUCAGUUCUGCAUUUAACUUCUGCCUACAUGGGGUCUUUUUCUAUUGCUGCUGGAAACUGCCCAUGUGCUUCUUGCAGCCCUCAAAAGGGGAAGAUGGUUUCAAACCUCCACGGAUAUUUUCCGACCUUUUCGUACUGGCCCAGCUGCAGGGUCUUUCACACACAAAUGUUAAGAUGAGACAUUUUCCCGAUGAAAUGCAGAGCAAGAUUUCACCCUCCAAAUUGCUGAAGUCGGAGAGCAGUAAUGAUAAAGCAAAGUGCAGGAACCCUAUACCCAGCCCAGCU